CGUGUCAGCAGAAAGAGGAACCAGACCCAGAUGUCUCAGACGGUGAUGGAGACUAUUGAUGUGCUGGAAAGUGACAGAACUAAUAGUGAAGAUGUAGUAGAUUUAACGUGUGAAGGGUCAGAAACUGCGGUUGUUGACCUCACCAAUAAUGAUUCUAUUGUGGUUGUGGAAGAUGGUGUGCAGAGCAGACGUGGACCGGGCACAGAGAGUUACGUUCUGAGCAGUGAUGAAGAGGAAGAGUCCAGUCUCAGACUCAGUCCAGGUUUACUGUCCACCCUACAGGCCAGCUCACGGGCCAGGUCUACACCAGGAGCCGUUAGCUGUCCUGUUUGCAUGGAUGCUUAUUCAGAGAUCAUUGACAGCGGUCGGCUCAUGGUCUCCACGAAGUGCGGGCACCUUUUCUGCAGUCAGUGCAUCCGCGACUCUCUCAGCAGAGCUCACAGCUGCCCUACAUGUAGAAAGAAACUCACACAAAAACAAUAUCACCCAAUAUAUAUCUAAUGGUAAGACGAGCAACUCGCUGAGGUCAGCGUCUCAACCUCUGCAGUACGUUCUCUGCAGUCCAUUCAACUGUACACGUCUAUGUUUUCACUGGCUGUUUCAUAUUUGACACAUCAGUGCCGAGAUGAUAGGCACAACAACAGAAAAAGACGACCUUGUGUGAUUUUGUUGGAACUGAAAGGGCACUUAGUCUAGGAUUAAGUAUUUUUAAAUUGUGAAUACAAACACUGUUUUGAAGUUUAGAGGUAUUGGGAAUAUAAACUGACAUUGGGUAGUCUGGGUUUGAGGUCUUGGCUGCUAUAAUAAUAUUUCCCCCCUUUUUCUUUUUUUUGGUCACUCAACUGCCCAGUUUUAGUAUUGAGUAAAAUGGUUAAAGUUAGGAUCCAGUUUGAAUGAAAAAGGAGUGACCAACCAUCACAGUAGCAUCUAGUAAUGUUAGUUUAGUCUUGAGAAGAAAAUGGCUCAGUGCUGUGGUGGUCUCAAUUCUUGUUUAGUGAAAUUGUCAGUGACAUUUUUGAGCUUUUAGUGAAUGGGGCGCAUCGAUGGACAAUGAGGUCGCCCUUCCCUGUACCUGUACAUUUAUUUGUAUAGCCUUGUUAGCUUUAACUGUCACUCACAGUUAACUUGUACUUCAUUAUCUCUUUAUUUGAUGGGAAUUCAUAUUUAGAUUUAUUAUUUGUCAUUAAGUAUGGUUACAUUCAGAUAAAUACUUGAAGGGACAAUGACUGCUGGUCAACACUGUAAUGUGUCGUCCUGGUUGCGCUUUCAUCUCAGAAGCACUUUUAAAAUGAUUAUUUGCUGACCGGUUAGCAGUGGGUGACCAGGGAUUGGAGCUAGCAAGGCUUGUUUGCCAACUAUACAUGUUAAAUGUUGAUAUUUGUAUAUAUUUUCAUGUAUAAAGGACCUGUAAGUUAAGAGGCGUUAGUAUUGUUAAGACCAUAACAUUUAUUUCAAUAAACGUUUUGAUCACUGA